CUACGCUACUUUGUGAGAAACAGCACAGAGCUUCUGCCGCUCCUGCAGCCUCCCUGGUUUCUGCCCUUCUGCUGCCUCGCCCCACCCUUCCUGUCUUUGGGUGAGUGCUUCUGAGCCCUUGCUUCACUUUCCAUCCACAGGGACAGUCGGCAUGAGCUGGGCACAGGGCCCUGGAACCAGUCCAUGGUGGGCUUUGUGCUGACCAGCCUCUUCCGCCGCAGCCAGGUACACCUGUUCCUGUUCAGCCUGGUGGUGCUGGUCUACGUCCUUGCUGUGGUGGGCAACACGGCCUUGGUCCUCUUGAUCUGGGCCAGCGCCCGGCUGCACACGCCCAUGUACUUCCUCCUCAGCCAGCUGUCCUUUCUGGACGUUUUCUUCACUUCGGUCACUGUCCCCAAGAUGAUGGUGGGUUUCCUGUUUGGCUGGACCAGCAUCUCCUGGGCAGGAUGUGGGGCGCAAAUGUUUUUCUUCAUGUUCCUGGGGGCAGCAGAGUGCCUGCUGCUGGCCCUCAUGGCCUAUGACCGCUAUGUGGCCGUGUGCAGCCCACUGCGCUACCCGGUGCUCAUGAGCCGCAGGGUCUGCCUGUGCAUGGUGUUGGGCUCCUGGCUGGGGGGCUCCCUCAAUGCCUCCAUCCAGACCUCGCAGACCCUGCGCUUCCCCUACUGUGGCUCCCGGCAGAUCUCCCACUUCUUCUGCGAGGUGCCUGCCCUGCUGGCACUGGCCUGCGCUGACACGGAGACCUAUGAGCGGGUGCUCUUCGUGACGGGUGUGAUCGUCCUCCUGGUGCCUAUAGCCUUCAUCGCUGCCUCCUAUGUCCUCAUCCUUGCAGCUGUGCUCCGCAUGCGCUCACUGGAGGGCCGCCAGAAGGCCUUCGCCACAUGCUCCUCGCACCUGGCAGUUGUUGGCCUCUUCUAUGGGCCCCUCGUCUACACCUACAUGAUCCCUGCCUCCUACCACUCUCCAGGCCAGGAUGAUGUGGUUUCUGUCUUUUACACUGUUCUCACGCCCAUGCUCAACCCUGUCAUCUACAGCCUCAGGAACAAGGAGGUCACAGCGGCCGUGAGGAAGGCUGUAGGGAAGUGUGGAGUCCAAAGAAACCCCUAAAACCCAGCAGAACAGACGGGAGAGAGAUCCCGGCUCCGUGUCAAGUUAUAUGCACUGAGGCAGAGGGCAGGCGAGCAAGUGUGUCUUAGAAGGUCUUCUCCAGGACUCUGGGAUCCUGUUUCAGGAUCCCCUCUUGGGACACGAACUCAAGCCCCAAAUCCCCAUGCAGGGAGAUAAAAGGAGAAACCCUUCCCUCCCGUCCUCCUCUUCCGCAUCCUCUGUCUUCAUCUUCUUCAGAAGCCAUGUGGGUUGAUCUGCUCCCUACUCCCCACCCCUCAUGUCCAGCCUGCCUUUGUAAAACACCGCAGUAAUCCAUCCUCCGAGCACCGAAGUCCCUUCAUUCCUCCAGGAACAGUGGAAGCACCACAGACCCUGCCAUCCCUGGUUGCUCUGUCUUCUCUCUCCCACCCCAGUCCUUUGCUCUCCCCCAGCCACACUGCCCUCCUGGCUCUCUGUCAAACUUUCUGAGCACAAUCGUACCCCAGGGUCGUCACUGUAGAGCCUCCUGCGUUGGGGCUUUUCCUGCUUUUGUGCAUGGCUUUCUCCAUCGGUUCAUCUAGGAACUGCUCCAGCUUGGCCUAUCAGAGGCAGCUGCAUGGAUUCCCCGCUCCACCUCAGCCCACCACCUUCCUCUACUCUGUGCGGGGGAUGUUUCUUUAUUCUUGUUAGCAUGUGAAGAUCGGGAUGGCAGAGGCUUUGCUUCUCUACUGCUUUUCUCCCAGCUCCACUAAGCCAAUCAAUAAAUACAAAUCCAAAGAACCGGUUACCACUUCAUCUCAUUGUGUUGGUCAUGGUGCUAGGUUCUCCUUUCUGUAAAUCUCUCUUGCCUUGGCAAUGACACUAUUUUCCUAUCUUUCCUCCUACUUCUAGUCCACUCCUUCCCCUUAGGUGACAAAGUGCUACACUGGUACUGGACCCUUCUCUUAGUCUCUCCCACUCAAUGCCUUGGCUUCAACUGCCACCUGACACCAAAACAGCCAGCAGCCUUCCCGUGCUCCUGAUCACUGCCCAUCUCCACCUCAACACCCCAGCUGACUGACCCAAGCUCAUCAUGCCAGAAACAAAAGGUGAGUCAUAAUCUCACCCCCAAGCCUCACUCUCUUUCAGGGUUGGAAACCUAUUGAAUAUUCCAAAGGUGAAUGGCUUUGCAUUAGCACCCACAUCCAAUCCCUCACCAAGCCCUGGCCAUCUGACACCUUUUCUAUGAGGUGCAUUGCUCAGGGUCACUGCUGCCACCACCAUGGCCCAAAGAUCCUUUGCCUGGUUGAUUGGGAAUUUCCAAACAGCUGUCCCUGACCUCUUUCUAGCCCAGUCUUUAUCUAUGUAUCCACACAGCCUGUUUCCAGGGUUUGGUUGAAAGGAUCUCUAAGUACAAAUCUAAACACAUGAACCGACCCUAUCCUUCACUUUCUCUUAAAUGCUUUUCCCAUAUAUUUCAUUAUGGGACAUGACAUAUUUUAAUUACUUAUGUUCUGUCUCCUACUACUAAGCAAACUCCAUGAGAGCAGGUAUUUUGUUUUUGCACCUGACACAUGGAAAAAUUGAUGAAAUAUUAAAGAAUAUGAAUCAGUUCAUGUCAUGUACAGGUACAGAUUCUGA